CGUGGAUGAAAAUAGAAAAAAAGAGUGAAAUAAAAUUUUCAAGAUCUAAUUAUGGAAGUAUUGGAAUUAGAUUCUUUAUUUCUUAGUAAGAGGAUACUAGUUGAUACUGAUGAAUGUAAAGAUUUUGUAUCAGGUGGAGUGCUUGUGUCAAACAUUGAUGGAACAAUUAAACGAAUUUUUACGUCUCAAGAAGAGAUCAAUUCGUGGAUGUUUCGUUCAACGGGAGCCGAUGUAUAUGAUUUUAAAAACAAAAUUAUAAUGAGUGGAUUGAUCGAUGCGAAUGUAAACAUUUGUUCGGGAAGCGGUUUAGAGGACUUUUCGAGUAUCACAAAGGCGGCAAGUGCAGGAGGGUACACGUGCAUUGUUGACAAUCCAAUGUUCUCAAAGCCAGCAUCAACAACAUUAAAGAACUUAAAGGCAAAGAUUGUCGAUGCGAGAAGCAAAAACUCUUUAAAUAUUGAUGUGGGUUUUUGGGGAGGUGUUACAAGAGAUAAUCAUGAUGAGCUUAUAGCUAUGGCAAAUCAAGGUGUUUGUGGUUUUAAGGCAAUUCUCAAUCCACAAGACAGCCACCCAGACUUUUCUCAUUUGUGUAAAGAAGAUUUGAAGAAAGCUCUCGAAGUUUUAGAGGAAAUAAAUUGUGUUUUUGCUAUAAAGCCUGAUAUGGAAUUAAAAGAACCAAUUAUACCUGAAAAUGCAAACUUAAAAGAUUACAAUACAUAUCUGACAAUGAAGCAUCCAUCAAUGGAAAAAUGUGGAAUUGAGAUGGUACUUGAUUUAAUUAAGGAGCAUAAAAUGAAAAUUCAUUUAACAGACUUAUCAUCAUCCGAGUUUGCUCCAUUGAUACAAAAAUACCGAAACCAAAAAACCCCAAAGCAGUCAACAUUGUCUGUUGAAACAUCGUUACAUUAUCUGUCAUUAGCAUCCGAAGAAAUCGGAAGUGGAAUGACUGAAUACAAAUGCUCCCCACCCAUACGAAAUGGCAAAAAUAAGAGACAACUUUGGGAUUCGAUGAAAAUGUACGACUUUUUCAAUAUAUCCAGCAGUCAUUUGCCAAGUUCAAUUAAAACAAAAUGCUUGAUUGGCGGUAGAAAUCGAGGUAAUUUUAUUGAGGCUGCAAAUGGCAUCUCAUCACUUCAAUUUGGACUCCCAAUAUUUUGGACGGAAUGUAGAAAGAAUCGAAUGAGUAUUCAUGAUGUUCAUCAAUUCAUGAGUUGUAAUCCAGCAAAGCUUUGUGGCUUUGAUAAGAACAAAGGUAAACUCAAACCUGGUUAUGAUGCUGACUUUUGUAUUUGGGAUCCAGAUGAGGAAUGGACAAUCACAAAAGAAGCGACAUUGUUCAAAAACAUAAUAUCACCGUACUUUGGAAAGACUGUUGUAGGAAGAGUUUAUGCUACAGUCGUUCGUGGAUAUUUUGUUUAUGACGCAAAUCGUCCAAAUGAGACUGAUGAACCGAUAGGCACGGUAGUGCUUAAAAAGCCAAUGAAGCGUUCUGAAAGAGCAAUUCGAUUUACCGACAACGAUAACAAUGAAGAUGAUGAGCUAUGAAGAAAUGGAUAAAAAGUCAUGCUGUGAAUUCUUCAAAUAUCAUUGAAACUUUUAUUCAGUUUUAUUUUAUUUCAUUUAUUUUUUGUUUCUCCUUUUUUUAUUUAAAAUCUUUUCAUCAUAAAAAGUUUUACACCUUCAAUUUUUGUUUUAAUUUCUGUUCCUUUAAUUUUAUUUUUUUUUGCUCGUGAGAAAAAAAUGAAAACAAAGUAUAAUUUAUUAUUUUAUUAAUAAUAUUAUUGAGAAAUGUUCUUUAAAAAUUUGAGAUUUUGGUUACCACAUCAAGUUUAGAGAGAAUUUAAUUAAUUAAUUAAGUGAUUUAUUAUAAGCCUUUAUGUGGAAUCUACGAAAAUUUUUCAGAUAUUUCUGUGUAAAUUUAAUUUUGUAAAUGAAAAAAUUAUCAAUCAACGUUAAUUUCGAGUUGAUUUGAAGAUGAUUGUUGGAUAUUCUUUUGUUUAUUUAUCGGCUUGAGUGAUUGUUCUGAUUGCCCUACUUUUUUUUGAGAUAACUUUUCAUCGAAUGUUCGAUGAAUUGGCGUUACUUUGAUAUUGUAAAGUUAGGCAAUUUGAAUUUCUUUGAAAAAUCUGAUAGCAAGAGGUCUUACUCGUUGUUCAGAAAUGAUUUCCAACUUUUUAAGGGUAGUGAAACUUUAGAGGUUUCAAAAAUGAACAUUCCAUAUCCAAAAAACACUGGGAUGAAAUUUUGUAUUCCUUAAUAAUUUUAGAACAUUGGAAGAUCUUUUGAAUUUGAUAUUUUAAGUUAUUAAGAAUGCCUGAUCUUCAAAAAACCUAAGUUGUGUGUUUUACAAUUUCUUGAUUGCUUUUAAUAAAUAUCCUGCAAAAGUCUAUCCAAAUCAUCUUCAAAUAAACACCAAAAAUUCAAUUAAAAAUCUUCUUUAUCUAAUAUAAUAUUGUACAUAAAUUACCAAA